AUGUCGCAAAGUGAGAUAAUAGGGGAUAAUUCCCCUAAUCUCAUGCUAAUGUGGCAGGAGGCCAUCGUCAACUAUGUUCGUAUUACAGGCAACAAAAAUGGCAUCACAAUAAGACGGACCGCUAGCAUCAGUGAUAUUUUAGCAGAGCUUGAUCAAAAAAGGGAAUCUUUCAAUCAUAAGCGUCACGAUGGAUCAAAAUGGGAUAGGUUUAGAGGUCUAAUCCGCGAUAGUCUCGCUCCAAUCCAAGCCUUGAGCGAUAUUGCAGCUCAGGCAAGCAAAGCGGUUUUUCCUCCUAGCGAGGCUAUAUUUAGCGCUGUUCGAUAUCUUAUCACGACGGCAAAUAAUGUGUCCGGCGACUACGACAAACUUGAUGAAUUUUUUAUUGACGUGAACUCUUAUCUCACUGGAAUAGAGAUGUGGGAGCAUCAGAUCCCGUUAGUACUGGGAUUGAACUCUGCGAUUACUACCGUCUUCAGUUCAAUUCUUUUACUCUGCGGAACAUACACCAAAUAUAUUCAAAAGAAACGUGUCGUCAAAGCCUUUCAGUCUCUACUCUCUGGUGAAGACAAGGAGUUAAAGGAGGCACAUCGUCAAUUCCAGAAAGCGGUCCAACGUGGGCGAGAUAUCGUACAGAACGCUACGCUGUCUAGUGCGACACAAACCUAUGAAAACACACGAGAAGUUCGCGGGAAUUUCCAAAGAGCCUUUUCGUCAUUGGAUCGUAUAGAACAAACCAUAUACUCUUCAACCCAAGGCGCGAAUAACAUAAAUCGAUACCUGGACAGUCAAGAGAGAGAUAGCACUUUAGAUUGGCUCUCGACUUUCGACUUCAGAAAACAGCAACGAGACAUAUUUUCAAAGUACUGCGACAACACUGGUCAAUGGCUACUGAAUGCUGGUCCAUUCCAGAAGUGGGUAUACAGCAGACAGCCAUCCACUUUAUGGUGUCCCGGAGACCGUAUGGCCAUCAACCCACGUAUUUUAUAUAUCUCGCUAAUUUUCUUCAGCUGGUAG